CGGCCGCCUCGCAGGUGCACCUCGGGCUUUGUAGGUGCGAGCGUCUUUGUGCGGCGGACAAAUGGGGAGAGGACGAGGAGGUGGGCACUCCGGCGACGUAAGAUCCACAUCAGCUCAACUGCACUCGCUUCGCACAGGCCGCCCGCUCACUUCCCGCGGAGGCGCUGCCGGGCGCCGCGCUUCGCGGCCGCCUCCUGUCCCCGGCGCUGCCCCCUCCCGCCGCGCCGCCGCCACCGCCACCGCCGCGCACGCCGCGCCCCGCAGCGCCCGGCUUCCUCCUCGCUGGGGUGGCGCUGGGCCCUCGAGCGCUCGGGUGACCGCAGCGGCCCCGCGCCCUUCCCCCGCUGCCGCGCGCAGCGCACCCGCCCGUCGCUCCGCACAGGGUUGGAUGGUUGUGCCGGGCAGGGUGGCUCCAGGAUGUUAGGGACUGUGAAGAUGGAAGGGCAUGAGAGCAGCGACUGGAACAGCUACUACGCCGACACGCAGGAGGCCUACUCCUCUGUCCCUGUCAGCAACAUGAACUCCGGCCUGGGCUCCAUGAACUCCAUGAACACCUACAUGACCAUGAACACCAUGACCACGAGCGGCAAUAUGACCCCGGCUUCCUUCAACAUGUCCUACGCCAACCCGGGCCUAGGGGCCGGCCUGAGUCCGGGUGCUGUGGCCGGCAUGCCCGGGGGCUCCGCAGGCGCCAUGAACAGCAUGACGGCGGCAGGUGUCACGGCCAUGGGUGCAGCGUUGAGCCCGGGAGGCAUGGGCUCCAUGGGCGCGCAGCCCGCAGCCUCUAUGAACGGCCUGGGGCCCUACGCGGCCGCCAUGAACCCGUGCAUGAGCCCCAUGGCGUACGCACCGUCCAACUUGGGCCGCAGCCGCGCUGGGGGCGGCGGCGACGCCAAGACGUUCAAGCGCAGCUACCCGCACGCCAAGCCACCCUACUCCUACAUCUCGCUCAUCACCAUGGCCAUCCAGCAGGCGCCCAGCAAGAUGCUCACGCUGAGCGAGAUCUACCAGUGGAUCAUGGACCUCUUCCCCUAUUACCGUCAAAACCAGCAGCGCUGGCAGAACUCCAUCCGCCACUCGCUGUCUUUCAACGACUGUUUCGUCAAGGUGGCGCGAUCCCCGGACAAGCCCGGCAAGGGCUCCUACUGGACGCUGCACCCGGACUCCGGCAACAUGUUCGAGAACGGCUGCUACUUGCGCCGCCAAAAGCGCUUCAAGUGUGAGAAGCAGCCGGGGGCCGGAGGCGGAAGCGGGGGCACCGGCUCCAAGGGUGGCCCCGAAAGUCGCAAGGACCCCUCGGGCGCAGGUAACCCCGCCGAGUCGCCCCUUCACCGGGGUGUGCACGGAAAGGCUGGCCAGCUAGAGGGCGCCCCGGCCCCCGGGCCCGCCGCCAGCCCCCAGACUCUGGACCACAGCGGGGCCACGGCGACAGGGGGCGCUUCGGAGUUGAAGUCUCCAGCCUCUUCCUCUGCGCCCCCCAUAAGCUCCGGGCCAGGGGCGCUUGCAUCUGUACCCCCAUCUCACCCGGCGCACGGCCUGGCACCCCACGAAUCGCAGCUGCACCUGAAAGGGGACCCCCACUACUCCUUUAAUCACCCAUUCUCCAUCAACAACCUCAUGUCCUCUUCGGAGCAGCAGCACAAGCUGGACUUCAAGGCGUAUGAGCAGGCACUCCAGUACUCUCCCUACGGUGCCACCUUGCCCGCCAGUCUGCCCCUUGGCAGCGCCUCAGUGGCCGCGAGGAGCCCCAUCGAGCCCUCAGCACUGGAGCCAGCCUACUACCAAGGUGUGUAUUCCAGACCCGUGCUAAAUACUUCCUAGCUCCCAGGACUGGGCGUUUGUCUGCAUGGCCCACCUGGUAGCAGGAGAGAAAAACCAACAGCAAACAAAACCACACACACCAAACCAACCACAUAAUAAAAUCCCAACUAUUUUUUAUUUUUCAUGCACAAUUGUCCCCAGUGCAAAGGACUGUUACUUUAUUAUUGUAUUCGACACUCGUUGUGUGAAUUAUUACAAAUACAACCUACUCCAUACCAACGAUUUUUCCCCCUGCGAAGUUUAAUGAUCCAUAAAUGUAUAUACAGAAAAAUCUCCCUCCUUCCCCACCGUCUCUCCCUUUCACUCUUUCCCCUGUGGACACAUUCUAGUCUGUGCAGGGAUUAUUUAAAAAGAAAAUGGUCAAGUUUGUAAACUAUUUGUUUGUGCUUUUUUUGUUGUUGUUGUUGUUGUCCCUCCUUACCUAGGCCCACCACCCGAGUUUACAGGUCUGUGGCAAUACUCUUAACUCAGUAAAACUGGAAACGGAAAAGAAACACUGAGACAGUUGGGGCUCUUGAGAGUACUGAAAGACAGUGCUGCCGUUAUGCAGAAAGGUAUACACAGGUUCCAUACAUCAGAGCCGUUUGUUUUCAGCUUAUAUUUCCGAUGCGUUCAAUAUAGUGGAUGUCUUUAAAUGAAAUACAUAUAUAUAUAAAUAUAUCGUCUGUGGACUUAGUCAUGCUCACAUACCAAGACCUCGUCCACUUUUGCAUAACAUGUAGAGGUAAUAGGUAGGUGAUAGACAUGCUACAUUUUCAAAAAUUGCCUGACCGAGUUACACUUGUCCUCUCUACCCACCUAUGAUCCUGAGAAACGAUUCCCCCCCAACUCUGCUACUUGCUCUGCAGAGUGCCCGUGCUCAUGUCAUUCUGAGGUCACAUGUAUAAAAUUAGCUUUUGUGUAUGUAUACCACUUAAAGAAUUUUCUCCCAGGGGACAAAGGAAGUAUCAUAUUAUUGAGGAGACAGAAGUUAUAAGAAAUGCAUUUCAAAAUUUUGUCCAACGUUCCAAAAUCCCGGUUGUGGCCAUUUUACUUACUGCUUGUUUCACCCAGUGUCAAUGCACUUUCCACAGUUGGACGUGGUGUUAGUUUUAGACAAACGGGUUUCAUUAUUAUUCCUCUUUGCCUUCUCAAUGUUAAUUUAUUGCAUGGUUUAUUCUUUUUUUCUUUACAGCUGAAAUUGCUUUAAAUGAUGGUUAAAAUUACACGUUUAAAAUGUUAAUUUUUAUCAAUGUGAUUGUAAUUAAGAUAUUUUGAUUUAAAUAACAAAAAUAAUACAAGAUUUUAAUCUGUGGAAUAUGUUCCCGAUCAUUUGCAGUUAAGGAAUUUAAAUAAAUCAAAUGUUAACAAUAAAGAAUUUCUGUCAUUUUCCUUUACUUAAAAUCCAAAAUAGAUCUUCAAUUAAAAUCCAAAACAGAUCUUCAGAAUAGGAUAUUUUUCAGAUUCUGGAACUUAAUAUAAAAGACAAACAGGGAUGUAAUCUAAAAUAAAAUGGUUUUAUCUACAACUUAAAUUGAUGUGUAAUUAGUAAAAUGUAGUGAAGGAAAUUCAAUUAAAGUGGGUACAUAACCUGACACUAUUCCAAGAACUGAGAUUUUUAAAAUUCUUUAUUCCCAGUAAUGUUUACUUCAGUUUUGUGGGGGUGGGGUGGGUCAUGAGGUUUAAAUCUUCUGUGUCUCCUUUUAGGUUUUUUUUUCCUCGUUUGAAAUUAAAUUAUCAAUUCCUUAUUUUUCUAAUUCGGUAAUUAUUUGAAUGAGAAGAAAAUAGCAGCUUUUGACUACAAAAAUUAAGUUAUCUACCACAGACUCUGAGCCCUAGUAUUAAAAGAGAAACAAAACUUAGCUAUCAUGGUUGGUUUAGACAGUGUGUGGGGGCGGAGGGCGGUUAAUUCAUUCCUGUGGGGGAAGCUUUGUGAGCAUUUCAGGGUAGCUGCUGUCUUGUGUUUUGUGAAGAUAUUUUUAAAAUAUUGUUUCUGAGAACUUAAACCUGAUGAUUUGUUUGCCUUGUAAGAAGCUUUGAAAUGCAACUUCACACCCCGUAGUUGCCUGAGAUCACAAAAUCAUUAAUCUCCUUUGAUAGUAGGCUCGCUUUCCAGUCCACCUAUUUCUUUGUAAGACUUGUUCGGAUUGACACCAACAAUAACAGCACCAGCCCAAGCCGAGGCCGGUCUGCCUGAGCCCUUGUGUGUGAACUCCAUCCUCUCCAGGGCUUGAACUUGGACAGCCUUUACUUUGAUGCAGCACUCCACCGUACAGACAAGAUAAAAAGAGCCGUGCCAGUCGCUUAAUUAUCGCGUAAUUACCUCCCCAGAUGAGAGAAGGGGUGCCACGUAGCACUUGAGAAAAAUCCAGAAAUCCCGCGCUCUGCUCUCUCCGAGUAGUGAAAGGAGGGGGUUGGGGGAGAGAAAUUGCUUAGCGGCGUGAGUAAUUUCAAAACUUAAUUCGCAGUCCUCUAAAGGACCAUCAAGCAUAUCCCAAAGACGAAAGGGCUUUUCGAUCUCAACAGUUACACAUACAACGGGUAAGCAGUGUGAGCACAUACAAACUCUCAUGUAAAAUAAAUGCGCGAUCUUCGGCCUGUGCA